AUGACUCGCUCCCUCGGGUAUCACCACUGGAACAUGCAAUACCUUCCCAAUCAAAAGCCUUACGACGGUGCUCUGACAAUUACACUCUCGUCCGGUUCAAAAAUCCGUGUGGACCGCGAUAACCUCGUUCUGCCACAUGUAUUACUCGAUGAGCAAACAAGAGAGAUGCACGUUAACGCAACAGAAAAGGACUUGCUCAUCGACUCGAUGCAGGACGUCAACAAGAAUGACAUGGCGCAGCUCGGCUGGCAGUUCCUCUCCGCCGCCUACCUUCAAGUCAACCACAACACUUCCGAGUUCUCGCUUUGGCAGGCAAACCCCACGUGGAGCCAAGACAUCGUGGCUCUAGACUCCGGUGACAACGAUGUCACCCACUUCUGUUCUUCCCAGUCCAGCGAAGGCAAUAAGACCGUGAAUGGCGGUGGGGACGUCGGCGGCAGUGGGGAGGGUAGCGGGAACGACUCGUCGGCAAGCACAAGCUCCCCAGGCCUCUCUCGCGGAGCUAUCGCCGGGAUUGCCGUUUGCGGAGCCGCAGUUGUGGCCCUCAUCAUUGGAACUGCAGUAUGGUUUCUCAAGAGAAAGAAGUCGAAGGCCCCUUCAAUACCCUCGCCGGGAAUGGGACAGAACGCAUCGUGGCUGCCACAGCCUCCAGGCCAAGACCUUCCACCCAAGACACCACCAACGUGCGAGUUGGAAAAUGGAGAUACCACAAACUUCCGGCGGUAUGAGAUGGCGGGAUGA